UCUGCAAGUUUUGUUAAGCCAGCGCUUUUGACGCAGUUCAUGACAUCAACUGUAAACAGGGAUUUGCUUCCAAAAACAGUCGUUACGUUUACCACAAUUAAUCCAAUUAAAAUCGAACGAUUGGACAACAAUUUGAUAGUGCCUAAUUAGCUAUUAUAAUUCCUAGUUUUUGUCCCAUAAAGACCGCAAACAUUUGCUUAUCUUACAUUAAUGCUUUAUAAACCCAAGUAACUGCCUGGUUGAAUCAUUCAGCGAAAUUAUAUUUUGAAAAUCGGAUUGGCAAAUUCACAAACGCCACGAAGAACAAAAAUGAAUUAAUAACAACUGUGGGAGAGGUCUGUUGAGUGGGUUUAUUCAACACAAGUGGUGAUCGUAUUGGUGACGCAUUUGGGGGUGAUUUGCGGCUUCUCCCGUGCUUUGGUCGGAAUUUCCCGUGUGACGUUAUGGAAACUGUGGUGCCUGACGAUGCAGCAUAUGUUUCUACGUGAUUUCCUUCUGGAGAGGGGAUCUUUCGGAUUACAGAAGACAAGCAUUGCCCUCGAUUCGUUGUUCAUUGUUAGUGUUCGGGCUUUGGGAGCACCAAGUAGUGUUCAAGUUAUCAGAAGAUAAAGGCAAGGUUGCGUUGGUGUUAAACUGAUCAAGUGAGGCCAUCUUCCUUUGGUGUCGUGGCUCGGCUACAAGGCUGUUUCGGUGACAUGGUUCCCGUCAAGCACAUUCACAAUCAACACCCAACCACCUUUUUCGCCAGGGUUAGUUGUUCACUCUCCAUCCUGUGGCACUGUGGGCUGAUUCUGCUGACACAAGUCUUUCUUGGACUGUUGAUUAAGCUCCAUGCAGUUCUUCAGCUGUCCGUAUCAUCACAUCUCAAGCCUAUAGACAAGGGGCCACCAAGCAGUGAACAAGUGGUUGAAGUCAAAAAAUGCGACGAAAGAUUACUGAACAGGUUUGGAAGAGCAGAAAGAGCAUUUGGUAUCAAUGAUGACAGUAGCCUGCAGUGCAGAUUCAUAAAGACUGCCAAAGGAAUUAAUUCUCAAUUGACCUUAAAUGAAUGUAAUUUAACUGACCACAAAAUAAUCUCCAUGCUUCCAUUUAAAUCAGAAAAAAAUGCUCAGCCCAGUACUGAGGAGGACUAUUGUCAACCUUAUCUGAAUAAUAAGAUCAACCAAGAGUUCUUCAGAGAUGAUGCUAACUGUACGACUGAUGGCAAAUGUGUGGUUGUCAGGUACCCUGUCAAUCAAAGUGCAUUUACAAAAAUGAUUAUGAGAGAAUGGAAGAUUAAAGAGGAUGAUCAAGAAGCUUGCAGUUCGACUGAUGAUGAAGAAUGGGAUGACUCUGAAGAAUCAUCCACUCAGUGCGAUAGUCAUGAAUCACUUAGUGAUGAGGAACAGAAUGAAAUCCUUUGGAAAUCUUUCUUUACAACAGACAUCUACAAUCCAUGGAAUUUUUCUGCACAACUUACUAGUUCUUCCACAAGAAUAGUCACUGAAGAUUUAAAGGAACAGUGUUUAGAAAAGAAUGUGAAGAGGAAUGCCAGCACAGCUAAAGUAAAUGUAUCAUUUGCACAGAAACCAAUUUUACCACAGAGACAUUUCCAACACUUUUGCAAACUUGGUGCUAGGGAAAGUGUCAAAUUCCAUGUGUGGAGAAAGUCAUCGAAAUGCACUAAACUUGAAAAAGGAGACAAAGUGAUGGGUAAACCAACCUGUAAAAAGCUGAGAUUUUCUCCUGUUGUUGAAGUUCACACAAUGGUGGCAUGGUCCUUUGCUUUACGUGAAGCUCGGAAGGGCCAUUGGAUACAGGCAGCUUAUGACAGAGCAAGUUUCCUGGACAGGGUGCGGAACACAGAAAUGGCAAUUGGUUAUUGUCUCCAGAAGGAUCACAGACUGAAAAUCUGGGAAAAAAUUCACAGUCAUAAUUCAAAGAAUUAUGUACAGUAGUGUAAUUCUGUAGCCACUGAGUGUAAAAAGGACUUGAAGGACUAUGGUUUCUUUCCUUUUACUAUUUCGAUAUAUGGUUAUAACAAUGUUGCAAUAACAAGUCAUGAACUAUCUGGGACAUUGAUGGAUCUUUCCAAGUUGACCUGAUGGAGAUGUGAAAUUCUGAUGCAUUUUGCAAAUUUAAUGUUGGUUCCAUAUGUGUAGGCCUAGCUUUGAAUCAAGAAUAUUUUCUAAUCUUGAUAAUGGAAGAGCUUGCACUGUCUUCAAUACUGUAAUGUUCAUGAAGUUGAUUCCAGAAACUAAGCUCAUGUAGAACUGUUUCUCCGUUCUGAUUUUGUCUGUUAAAUUAUUACAUUUCAACAUUACAACAAAAUAAUUUUGUACAUUUAGCAUGCAUUUCUUAUAUUUUGUGUAUUAUAUUUAUUGAUUGAGAAACAUUGAAGAUUUCUGAAUAUCUAUUUUGAACUCAUUGUAGUGCAUGCAGUGUCAUGCAGUGUCAUGCAGUGCAUGACUCCAUUUUUCUGUUGGGCCUGGUAAUAUACUUUGGUCCACAUAUGUAUGUUAACAAGGUCAUAUGACAUCACAAAAUCUGACUUCUGUUUCAUCAAUCAGAUUAUGACAAUUUCAACACAAAAGCAGGAGGAAAAAUGUCUGAGUAUAACUGUCUGAAGAAAUCUGUUAAAUGUUACAGUUUUUGUCUAGAGAUAGUUGCCUUGCCUGUCACCCUGGUAUCAGGAGUUAAUCACUUUUCAUACCUGCAGAUACAGCUAGAUCAAGGGAUGAUUCAGAAAUCUACUCACCAGGCUGCCUUAUCAUUGGAAUAUCUGAUCUGCUGGCAUGUUAUCUAGUUUUUUGAAACAUUAUGAUUUCUACCUGAUUGGAAUGGUUUUCUAUUAAUUAGAAUUACUAUUUUGAUAAUGUAACUAUUGCAAAUUCAAAUAAUUAUGUUAAUGGCGAAUAUUUUGUCACUUCUUGUCAAGUUACCCCUCAACGUUGAAGAAUGCAUUGAAAUAAUGGUUUCUUCACUUACCAUCCUGCUGUUUGUCACAGUAUUUUUAAUGUUACUUUGUAACCUAUCUGCCUUUUGUUUUGUAGGCUUUAGUUAUGAAGUUAGGCAUUGAAUUUUAUAUCAAAGAAUAUUAAAACUGAUUUUUUGUUAAUUCAUAAUUUCCAAAUGUACCCUCGAGUAAGUGACUAAUGUGCAAAAUUGUCUUCCAGGGAAUUUCUCUAGGGAACAGGUUUUUGGGUUAAAACAUGUUCCAUUCAAAAAUUAAGUCAUCUCUAUGAGUACAGGCACAAUCCUGUUGAUGCCUAUUAGUGUACAGUAAGAAGUGUUAAUAGGCCAGGGAGUAAUGAAUAUUCUUCAUAAUUUGAAAUAAUUAGUUUUGUUUCACAUGUGCAUAUCUCAGAAGAGUGUGCACUUUGGUUGUAUCAA